AUGCGCCUUAAUUACUGGCCAUACUUCAUUGUCAGUGUAGCCAGACUGGUGUCAGCGUCUGCCAAACACUGCGUCCUCCUUGGCCAGGUGCGUCAGUUGUCGUGGUGCACGGUGGUGGUGGUGGUGAGUCACGACCCGGCCUUCCUCGCCGCCUUCGCCGAGUGGUCCCUGAGGGGACGGCUGCUGGUGUGGUCCACCAGGCUGGUGGUGGUGACACGCCUGACCCUCCCGCAGCUCCGGGCGCUCCUGCCCACCCACUGGACCUUCGCCAUGAUGAAUGCUGUGUUCCUCAACAUGGAGGGCGAUUCACCUCACUUAAAUUUCUACGGUGCAGCGGUGAACGUGACGGCUCUGCCUUACAUGCCGGUGUGGGGCGUGGUGGAGAGCCAGGCUCCUGUAGACUCCCCUGUCACCAGAUACGAGGGCUCUGACUACCAAAUGCUGGCCGCCGUCGCCGACGGGCUCAACUUCACCAUCAGAGUCUUGCCCAGCAAGUCUUGGGCGGAGGUGACGUACGUGCAGCAAAACCUCCACGGGGAACACACUCGAGGCGUCGGGACCGUGAUGCUGAACAUGGUCGGGUUAAUAUUGGGGCAGAGCUUCUCUUAUAGCCCGUCAAGCGCCUUCUCGAGCCGGAUCCUGCUGGCCGCCUGGCUGGUGUUCGUGAUCAUAUUCUCGUGGUCAUACAGCGGCAACCUGACGGCCUCGCUGACCCUGCCCAAGUACCCGUCCCGGCCCGAGACCCUCAGCCAGCUGGUGCAGCUCCCGUUUUGUCCCGCCAGACAGGCCCAUCUUGGCGGCAGGAGGUUCCUCAAGUACCAGGUUGCAGUGUAUGGCAGCUCUCGCCUGUACGUGGGUCGCGAGACCCUCUUCCCAGGUCCCUCGGGCUGGCCCAUCCCUCACGACGCCCCGUACAAGGCCCAGCUGGACCUGAACAUCAUGGCCAUCGUGGAGGCAAGUCUACACUUCAAGGACGAAACUCAUAAGUGUGUGCUAGGGCUCUUCGUAUGCCUAUUUUCAUUUAUCUAUUUCCCUUUUAACCCAAAAACUGAACAGAUCUUUUCUGCGUCUGAUCCAAUCUCUCCGCAGAGCGGCCUGCACGACAAGUGGUCAACUGACAUGGUGUGGAAGACCGAACUUAAGGUUCGGCGGAGACAGAGCCAGAGCCAAGCGGAGCAGCAAGAGGACGUGGAGGCAGGGGAAGUAAAGCAGGGAUCCCCGGUCCUCACCCUCAGCCACAUGCAGGGGGCCUUCAUACUCCUUAUUCUGGGCCUCGCUCUUGCUACCCUCGCCUUUGUCAGGGAGACUUGGCACUGUUAUGCGAAAACCUGUUCCCGCCGGUACCACACUCCGUGUUGCGGGAGGCGACUUGAGGAGAUGUUCCCUAAAAUGUAGUAGAAUGCAUUCAGUUGACGAGUGGGCACCCAAGUCAAUAUUGGUACCAAAAAACACGCAUCAGAAUAAUAGGGUGGCCUUUCAGACACACCACACUUCCCCUGCAGAGGCGGGGCCGAUGAUGACGCGCCUGAGCGAGAGCCCAGACAAGCGCGCGUGUACACACACACAAACACA